CGAGGAGAAGGGGGAAGCAGGGAGGCAGGGAGGUAUAUAAGGAGGCGCCACACCCCCGUCAGUAUGUCACUUCCUCACCGCCAUCCAAACAGACAUGACGUGCAGGUUCCUUCUCUUGGCCUUCCUGGCGGCGGUGGCGUCUGCCGAGCCUGACGUCAGCUCCCACGUCAGCAGCAGCAUCGGCGGGCACUCCACCUCCCACGGGUCACACCGCCCUCACGCCCCCGCCCACGCCCCUGUCCGUCACUCUGCCCCUGUCCAUGCCCCUGUCCACCGCCCUGCCCCUGUCCACCGCCCCGCCCCUGUCCACCGUCCUGUCCAUCGCCCCGCCCCUGUCCAUGCCGCCCCCGUCCAUCGCCCCGCCCCAGUCCACCGCCCCUCCUCCUACUCCCCCCCUGUCCACCAGCCAUCCUACACCCCCGAGCCAUCGUACAGGCCCUCCUACCAGCCAUCCUACGAGCCUGAGCCGACCUAUGGAUCCCCCGCCCCAUCCUACGGAGCCCACGAGUCCAUCUACAAGGCACCUGAACCUACCUACGGCGCCCCUUCCUACGAGCCCGAGCCAAUCUAUGCCCCUGAACCCACUUAUGGAGCCCCCGAACCCACCUACGAAGCCCCGGAACCUACCUAUGCCCCACCCAAGCCCAGCUACUCCCCACCUAGGCCCACCUAUGGCCACCCUACCCCGUCCUAUGGCCAUCCCACCCCCUCUUACGGCCGUCCUACCCCUUCCUACCGCCCCACCCCCUCCUACUCCCGCCCCACCCCCUCCUACGGCCACCCCCGCCCCUCCUACCACUAAAUAUUUUCCCUGAGGGUGACUUUUGUAAAUGUUUCUUUACGAAGAUUAAUUUAUCAACGACCUUCGACGAGCAGCAAUAAAACUAUAAAAAAAAAA